AUAUUACAGAACAAAGACGAUCAUAUCGAAGAUUUAUUUGUUCACUUAGAACGGAUCUUUUCCUUUGGAGGAAUAUGGCCAUUCAAAAAGACGUACAUCCGUUUCGCGAUUUAUAUCACGCACUAUUUUUUUUAUCUCGUUAUGGCCUAUGCUGAUUUUUACAAGGUUUUUGGUAAUUUGGAAUUGAUGGUGAUGAAUAUCGUGGAAACGGUAGCUUAUUCCAUAACAUUCCCGCUUAUGUGGUUGAUACGCUGUAGUAAUAUGCUAAAGCUCAUAAUUAAAGAAAUCAAAAAGGAUCUGGCAGAACGCAAAUUCGAGAAUUUGGAGGAAGAAAGAAUUUACUACAAUUAUAAUUCCAUAUCCAAGCUAUUUACAUUUACUUCGAUUGUUGGCAUGUUCAUCACGGUCAUGUUGCUAUAUUUUAGACCACUUGUGUAUCUCUUGCUCUCCAAUCAAGCAUUACGUAACAGCACGGAAUCAUUUAUGUUACCCUAUAGGGUUCAUGCAUUUUUUGACACUAACAACAUCCAUACGUAUAUAUUGGUAUAUCUAUACUUAUGUCCGUUGAUUUACAUCUCUAUUUGUCACAUGGCAGCCAUUUGCCUACUGGUUAUUUUAGUAUUUCAUAUUUGCGGCGAAUUGUCCAUUUUAUCGUAUCGUAUCAGAAACAUUGGGGAAUGCUCGCAAAGCGAAGUAAUAAUAGACAGAAUUCGCAGUUUUAUUCGAAUGCAUCUUAAAAUAAUAUGGAUGGCAAAAUCCGUGGACAAUACUUUCAAUUUGAUUCUUUUGGAUGAACUACUUGGCAACAGUAUUGUCCUAGCUAUUUCGAUGUAUUACGUCAUAGUGAACUUGGAUAUUUCAGAAAUAGCGACCUGCUGCACGUUUAUAUUUUUCGCUAUUAUUGCGCUUGUUAUGCUCUUCGGAUAUUGCUUGAUUGGCGAUCAACUAACUCAGCAGUGCAUAAACGUGCAGGACGCGUACUAUCAGUGCAACUGGUACGAAAUGCCAUUCAAUUGCAAGAAGUGUUUGCUGAUAUGCAUGAUUCGGGGUCGAGUGAUGCUUUAUUUAACAGCCGGAAAAUUUUAUAUAUUUUCUUUAAGCAGUUUUACGGAUGUCCUCAAAACUUCCUUGGCGUACUUGUCGAUGCUGCGUACUCUAUUAUGAAGAAUUAUGAGAAAAUUUAUAUAUAAUUCACAACACUAAAUGAAUCUGUAUAUUACAGAUAAAGAAAUACACUUAGAAUAUACGCUAAGCAUACAUUUUGCAUUGCAGUAUAUAUUAUCACAAUUUACGCGCAAUAUAUAAAAUAUUUCAAAAAAUCAUAAUAAAAGUAGAAAAUGAUAUACAAA